AUGGCGCGGAAGUCCACGUCGAUGAAGCGACCUCGCGCCGCCGCGCCGCCGACGAUGCAUCGCCGUCAUGUUCACGGUCCGUCUGGACGAGAGUACAUCAUUUUGGAUGACUUGGGUGACGAACUGAGUGUUACACCGUCAAUGUGGGCCGCGAUCGAGUCCUACGAGGACAACCAGAUGCGAGCAGACAAAGCGAUGCCAUCAACACCACACGUCAUUGAGUCGCAAUCGGCUUUACUUUGCUUCGACAUAUGCCCCGACAGUGCCGACGAGGGGUGUGAUGACGAUGACGGUGACACAUCGAGCAAAGGGCACUACUUGUCGGAGAGAAUGCAGAUGCUGCAGCCAUCGUCAGCGCGCGAGGAAGCGUCAAAAUUCCCCUCCUCUACUGACUCUCUCUCGGUGUCUCACACACGAACGCUAUCAUCAGGUGCCUCACAAGGACGAGCUAUUGAGGUCGAAUUUGCGUCAGAAGGCGAAGCGUGUCUGACCACGAUGAAGGAAACGGAUGGACGAUCCCUCGAACCCAUCACUCCCCUUGCAUCGCAAUCGAAUGAAUGCAUCCCUUUGGCAUCACCUCCAUCGCAGUGCCCUGUGGAUGACUUGACCAGAGCCUCCAUUACCAUCGACACAUCCACCGAAAGAAUUCCCCCCUGUACACCAGCAGAAGCACUCGCGACUAAGGUGGAAAUCCCUCAUGUUCAUGGCACUCCACCUGCAUGCCAUGCAGGUAUCGCAUUGGCCUUACCAUGUUCGUCGUCGAACGACAUCGCGGACCCGCCGCCGCAAAUGCCAUCCUCGAGUCCACCUCAACUCGACCAGACGCAGACCGCCAUUCGUUCGAAUUCAACGCAGUCUUCCCUCCAUGCCUUGUAUCCGCCACCGCAGACAACUCAGCUUCUGGUCCCGAUUUCCGACCCCAUCCCUGCUCCAACACCUAGCGAGCCAGCCCCGACCGAAGAGCUCGAUGCUGUGCAAGUCCUCGUGGCCAUAAACGACAAAUGCCCGUCGCUUGCAGCAUGGCUGCGCCACGAAGGCGACGUCGAGCACGAUGACAGCAUGGCGUCGAUGUUUGAUGAUCAUGCAUCCGUAACAACGACGCCACCGCAGUCCCCACCAUCCUGUCUUGCUCCCGACGCCAAUUUCACCAAAGUGCCGUUGCAGCCUCCGCACGUACAUUCACCAUUUCCGUCGUUUGAACUCGAGAACUGGCCGCCGCACCUGCGUCGGCGAUGCCGCAUGACGCCUCCGUCGCCGUCGACCCGCCUUUCACCUGACACCCCGCACGAGUCCAUUGUACUGUGGGUCCGACAUACCUGGCGUGUGCAUGACAACUUCGCGCUUGCGGCGGCGGAGUGGCUCCAAGCAGCGUACGACCGUCCGGUCGUUGCCUUUUGCGUCCUGUCACCGACGCUGUUUUACCCUGGCAUGCCUAUCGAGUCGACGACGAACGAGAACGGUGUCCGGAGUUCCAUCGCGUCGAUGCGGCGACAGCUCCUGGCUCGUCAUAUUCCUCUGUAUGGAAUGUUGGGGCCGCAUGACAACACCGAGGUAAACAUUGAAAGCCAACUGCGCUCGCUCCAUCCGUGGGCCGUCGUGACGGACGAUGGGGUUGACGAGCCGUUCGAGUCCUGGCAUCUUCCAGUCCCGGUGAUUCAGAUGGACAGCACGUGUUGUGUCCCGUGGCGCUCGUUCCUUUCAGACGGCGGUGGUGAGCUCGCCAAGGACGCGUUUGAAUCGCGGUGGCUGACAGCGUGGAACCGUGCCAUGGACGACGGAGUCGAUACCUUCUUGCUACCGUUGCACGUCGAGAGCCCCUCGCAUCGAGGCCGCGCACACACUGCCAUGCAGAACAACCUUCCGUGGCCAAACCUGGACAAGCCGAGCGCGUUUGACUUGAGUGAACAAGCGGCUUUAGCGCACGUGGACGCGACGUGUGUUCAAGGAGGCGCGACAAAGAAGCCGGCGCUGCAGGAGGAAUUGCACGGCCGAGGCGUGACCUCAUGCCUCCCGUUUCUACGGCAUGGAUCGCUCUCCGCCAUCCAUCUCCUACGCACUCUGAAAUCGACAUCGAACCAUGUGCUGCAUUCAAGGGCACUCACACACUGCGCGCUCGCUCGAGAGUAUGCCAUGCACGUCAUGUACCACCAGAUCAACGCCACACGGUCACGGCCAACGCUCACCAGCCACACGUUGAUCUGGAAUGCAUCCUAUUUUGCCCGGCAACUAUCGGUGUAUCGAACGCUCGUGGAUCGCAUCUCGCCGCCGUUGUCAGCUUCCACUCGAGGAUGUAGCAGCGACGACAGGUCGACAGGAACGGACGAGCGCUAUUUAUUGCCCCACCAACUCGAAGCUAGUCGGAGUCCCGACCCGGUUUGGAACGACAUCAUGGCACACGUUCGCCUGACGGGAUAUUUGCACCCGGUGCUGGCAUCGUAUUGGGGUCGCCGGCUUUUGUUUCAUUGGAGUCCGUCGCCACUGGCGGGCCUCGGCAUGCUUGAGGGGUUGGUGGUGCGCUACUCGAUUGGCGUCACCCCGGACGUGGUUGUGCAAGUUCUUCUAGCGAUGCUCCAUGACGGCACGACCGCCGACAAGUUGUCGGAGCAGACGGCGGAGGACCAUCCGCUAUUGACUCAACUUCGCGCUGUCGUUCGUGCACCUGCCCACCACUCGUCCAACGGGUUACAGCUCUAG